GAUGGAGUUUUGUCACUCAUUCGGGGUGAUGGAUCGUGUGGUUCGAUUUUCCCACAGGACUUCAAUAUGUCCGGACUUGAUUUGUCACUGGGCUUUGGAAUUUUUAGUUUCGCUCUAUUUAAGCUCAGUUUUACUCAUUACAGUCAUGGUGAUAUUUCUCAAACCUUAUUGAGUAAUCAUUUUUUGAUCCAAUUCGUGAUCUCUGGCGUUCCUCUGAUUGGUGUUUUAAAUGGUGAUUAUGAGAGAUUCACGAGAUUUAUCCGCGAAAUGGAACAUAAAUGCACUAAUACCUCAACAAAUUCCAAAGUGAAUGAGGCCAAAAUAGGGGAUCUUAAUGAAGAACUUGAAGAAGAAGAAGAGGAGGAAGGAGUGUGCUGA